AUGUCUACUACCGGCGCUGCUGAAAACGGAAUUGCCGACGAAGGCCGGGGUACAACAUAUUACUUCUCAAAGGGACGUACUAGCGCGACGUUAUGGCAAAGAAUAAAUCUAUUUAUAUCCAUUUAUUGGAAGGCCCUCAUUGUUGUUAUUACACCUCUUAUACUAUUACCAAUACCUAUAAUAAAUGCUGGAUCAGAAUCUGCUAAGGCUUUCAAAUGCAUGUAUGUCGUCCUUAUAAUGGCCACCUACUGGGUGCUGGAGUUACUUCCCCUACCUGUGACAUCCAUGCUGCCAAUAGUCAUGUUUCCCACCCUUGGGAUUCUGGACUCGGAUAAGACAUGUGCUGCUUAUAUGAAGGAGACAAAUAUGAUGUUUAUGGGUGGUUUGAUGAUAGCAGCCGGAGUGCAGCAUUCUAAAUUACCUAAAAGGGUGGCUUUAUGGACUGUUCAAGUUGUUGGCUGCUCACAUAGAAGAUUAAACCUUGGACUGACAUUUGUGACAAUGUUCAUAUCCAUGUGGGUGUCCAACGCUGCUGCUACCACCAUGAUGGUGCCCAUUGUUGAAGCUAUAUUAGAGGUCUUCGAGCAGCAAGGACUCGGAGACGUCUACAUCAAUAAGAAGAAAAGUGCUGAAAAUGGCAAACAAAUACAAAAACCCACCACUGAGGAAGAAUCUCCAAUACCGAGCGAUAUCACUACGUGUUACUAUUUGAGUAUUGCGUAUGCUUCAACGCUGGGAGGUUGUGGUACCCUCGUGGGAACGGCUACUAACUCCGCGUUCAAAGGGAUCUUUGACUCAGAAUUCCCAGAGAUAUCUGGAGCGGUGGAUUUCUUCUGGUUCAUGGCUUACAGUACUCCGCCGAUGCUGCUCAUGCAGAUGCUCGUCUGGAUUGCGCUGCAGGUCACUUUCAUGGGACUAUUCCGGCCAAACAGCGAAGCCGCUAAGAAGGUGAACGCAGCAUCAUCGGGCUCAGAGAACACCAUGAAAGUGAUUCGGGAGCAAUACAAAAACUUGGGUCCUGUCACUUUUCACGAGAAGGCGUCCGGAGCGCUGUUCAUUUUGGCUGUGUUUUUGUACAUCUUUAGAAAACCUGGCUUCAUGCUCGGCUGGGCCGACGUUAUUACUACUAUGAAGGUGAAAGACGGCGUAGUAUCAAUGUUCAUAGUGAUACUGAUGUUUAUUCUGCCGAUGUCCGUAGACUGCCUCAAGUUCUUCUCCGCGUCGUCUUCUUACGAAGAAUUAUCUCAGUACAGGCCGUCACCGAGUAUCGUCACGUGGAACAUUUUGAAGGAGAAAAUACCCUGGGGACUGCUUUUCUUGCUCGGUGGAGGCUUCGCGUUAGCUGAAGGCAGUAAAGCGACCGGUCUAUCCUCUAUGAUCGGGACUUCCUUGAUCGGCCUCCGCGGCCUGCAUCCCUCGAUAGUGUUGCUAGUAGUCGUAUUAGUGACACAAUUUAUCACCGAGUUUACUUCAAAUGUUGCCAUCGCCAAUCUCAUUUUGCCAGUUUUGGCGAAUAUGGCGAGAACUCUAGACAUGGACCCUCGUUACCUAAUGGUCCCAGCGACGUUGGCCUGCUCGAUGGCCUUCCACAUGCCCGUGGGGACCCCACCGAACGCUAUCGUGGCUGGCGUCGCUCACAUACCGACUUCGAAAAUGGCAAUCGGCGGUAUCGGCCCCAAAAUUAUCACCACUCUUAUAAUAUGGGGCGCCUACCCGACUUGGGGCUCGCUCAUAUUCAAACCCGGCGAUAUCGCCGCACUUAGCGCCCCAGUGACAACUGCUGGGACCCUUUCGCCCCAAACGCCUUAG